UGACACUGAAUGAAUGUGAAGACUCUGGAAGAUAAGAUGUACUGAGCACCAGGGACUUGGAGAAGCUUUAAGCUGCUAAAGAUGGAAAAUAAAACAGGAGGUGAACUGAACCAGACACAACUUCAGGCCCGAGCAUUGGUAUCCUUAGAAUACCAAGUGGUCACUAUCCUUUUAGUUCUCAUCAUUUGUGGACUGGGCAUCAUAGGCAACGUCAUGGUGGUCCUUGUGGUAAUGAGAACCAAACAUAUGAGGACCCCAACUAACUGUUACCUGGUGAGCCUAGCAGUAGCUGAUCUUAUGGUGUUGGUGGCUGCAGGUCUCCCCAACAUCACUGACAGUAUCUAUGGUUCCUGGGUCUAUGGCUAUGUAGGAUGUCUCUGUAUUACCUAUCUCCAGUACUUGGGCAUUAAUGCUUCUUCUUGCUCCAUCACAGCAUUUACAAUUGAGAGGUACAUAGCCAUUUGUCACCCCAUCAAGGCCCAAUUCCUCUGUACCUUUUCAAGAGCUAAAAAGAUCAUUAUCUUUGUGUGGGCUUUCACCUCCAUUUAUUGCAUGCUUUGGUUUUUCUUGCUGGACCUCAAUAUGGUCACAUACAAAGACGCCACUGUAAUAUCUUGUGGCUACAAAGUAUCUAGGAAUUACUACUCACCUAUCUAUUUGAUGGACUUUGGCAUAUUCUAUGUUGUACCAAUGAUUCUGGCUACUGUCCUCUAUGGACUCAUAGCUAGGAUACUAUUCUUGAAUCCCAUUCCUUCAGAUCCUAAAGAGAGCUCUAAGGCAUGGAGAAAUGACCCAGCUUAUCAGAAGAAGAAGAAUUUGAAUGCUAAGACAGCUAGCAGAUAUUUCAAUAGCACCAUUUCUUCCCGGAAGCAGGUUACCAAGAUGCUGGCAGUGGUUGUGAUUCUAUUCGCCCUUUUAUGGAUGCCAUACAGGACCCUCGUUGUGGUCAAUUCAUUUCUAUCCAGCCCUUUCCAAGAAAAUUGGUUCUUGCUGUUCUGCAGAAUUUGCAUUUAUCUCAACAGUGCCAUCAAUCCAGUGAUUUACAACCUCAUGUCGCAGAAAUUCCGUGCUGCCUUCAGGAAACUCUGCAACUGCAAAAAGAAGUCUUCAGAGAAACCAGUCAACUACAGUGUGGCCCUGAACUAUAGUGUCAUCAAGGAGUCUAGCCACUUCAACACAGAACUUGAAGAUAUUACAGUGUCAGACACUUAUCUAGCCACUACCAAAGUGUCCUUUGAUGAUACAUGUUUGUCUUCUGAGGUAACAUUUAGCUGAACUUGAGUCAGAAUAUGAAACAUGAUGGGUCACAAAGUGGAGGAGGCUUUUGGACCAUAAUGAGAGGAUAAGAAAAAAUGCCAUGUUGUUGGCUAUAUGUAAAGUGGACCAAAGAAAGAUUUUCUCUAGGUUCUUUGGUCUCCCUUGACUUUGUUGCCCAUCAAUUAUCCAGGAGAGGAAUUCAAAUCUUCACCUUAAUGGAAUUAUUGUCCAGGAGAAAAAAAUGAAGCUGAUCAGAGCUUGGUUAUAGCCAAUCAGAAAAAAAAAAGCCUCUUUAAAUUAAUUUAAUAGAUUCACCUUAUUUUUUAGAACUCAGUAACUGAGUACAGCCUCUAUGAGUUUUAGCCUCCGUACUUCUCCAAAAGACUGACUACAUUAUGCAUGCAAAUGAUUUUAAUGCUUAAAAGUAUUUCUCAUAGAUUUAUUUAAAAUGUUAAUUAAAAAUCUGUUAAUUUAAUAUUUUCAAUAUCCACUUACAACAUUCAGAUUUCUCCUUGCUAAUGGAUUGUUAUUAAACUUUAAUGUAAAAUGCAACUCAACUAUUUCCAAAAUUGUACAUUUAAUUACUAAUGAGA